CUCGCCUCCUCCAUUUUCUUAACGCAAAUUUUAUUCACAAAAAAGAUCCAUACAAACAUUUUCACAAAAACUUUAGCAAACUCAGUCUAUCUCUCAAUCUCAUGUAAAUGUUGUCAACAAAAAGCAACCAUUAAUGACGCACACCUUCUCACGUCUCUCUCUCUCUCUCUCUCUCUAUAUAUAUAUAUAUAUAUAUAUGUGUGUGUGUGUGUGUGUGUGUGUGUGUGUGUCACCUAAUCAGAUAAAUAGAAUCACUCCUUUUCUUUUCUUUUCUUUUUUCCUUUUCUCUCAAUUUCUCCAUUCUAAACCCCGUUGCGUCUCUUUCUCCGGCUAAAAUCUCCGAUCACCCGUUUACUUUCCUACAAUUGGAUACGAUUUCCUUUCUUUAAUCUUCUAUUCUCGACCUCUCAAUUCCCGGAAUCAUUUCUAGGGUUUGCGUAAUCUACGAAAACCCUACACGAUCCAUCGCAUUCUUUCUAAUUUCGUGCAAUUCGAAGGAAUUUAACCUACCUCGUUUGUUCUGCGGCUUGCUUAACCAUCAACAACGAUGCAAUUGUACGAAAGUUGACAACUUUAUCUCUGAUUUUGUCUAGUGAAGGAGAAAAGUGUUUCCUUUGUUCGUAAUAACCGUGGAAAUCAAUGAUAUCAUGGUUGAAUUGAAGUCAGAUUCUGAUAAAGAGUCAUGUUCAAUGUCAAUAAACGAGACGGUAAAUGGGUCUCACCAAUUUUCCAUAAAAGGGUAUUCUUUAGCGAAAGGAAUGGGAGCUGGAAAAUGUAUAGCAAGUGAUAUUUUCACUGUGGGUGGUUAUGAUUGGGCGAUCUAUUUUUACCCAGAUGGUAAAAAUCCUGAAGAUAGUUCUAUGUAUGUUUCUGUUUUUGUAGCUUUGGCUAGUGAAGGAACUGAUGUUAGGGCUUUGUUUGAGUUGACCUUGGUUGAUCAAAGCGGAAAUGGGAAGCAUAAAGUUCACAGUCAUUUCGAUCGUGCGUUGGAAAGUGGGCCUUAUACUUUGAAGUAUAGAGGGAGCAUGUGGGGUUACAAGCGUUUCUUUAGAAGAACAACUCUUGAAAAUUCUGAUUAUAUAAAGGAUGAUUGCCUAAUCAUGAACUGCACAGUUGGAGUUGUUAGAACCCGUCUUGAAGGACCAAAGCAGUAUUCCAUUUCACUUCCGCCGUCAGACAUGGGGCAAGGCCUUAAGGAACUGUUAGAAUCUGAAGUUGGUUGCGACAUUGUUUUCCAGGUUGGGGAUGAAACAUUUAAAGCGCAUAAGUUGAUACUUGCUGCUCGUUCCCCUGUUUUUAGAGCUCAAUUCUUUGGACUUGUUGGGGAUCCAAACUUAGAUAAAGUAGUAGUGGAGGAUAUUGACCCCUCAAUUUUCAAGGCAAUGCUCCUGUUUAUAUACACAGACAAGCUUCCUAAUGUACAUGAGAUUACUGGCACAACAUCAAUGUGCACAUCCACCAACAUGGUGCAGCAUUUAUUGGCUGCUGCUGAUCUUUACAAUUUAGAUCAAUUGAAAUUGUUAUGUGAAUCAAAAUUGUGCGAGGAACUGAGUGCUGAGACUGUGGCAACAACUCUUGCAUUAGCUGAGCAGCAUCAAUGUUUGCAACUCAAGGUCGUCUGUCUGAAAUUUGCUGCAAAUCCAGCAAACUUGGGAGCGGUAAUGCAGUCAGAAGGAUUCCGACACUUGGAAGAGAGCUGCCCUUCAUUGUUGUGCGAGAUGCUAAAGACAUUUGCGUCAGGCGAUGAGAACUCAAGUCUUCUAUCAAGUCGGAAGAGGAGCGGAAGCAGUAUAUAUGGGCUAGAUAUAGCUGCAGAUGGGGCUGCAGCAGAAUCAGCCAAUCCCAUGGGCAGGCGAGUAAGGAGGCGUUUUUAGGAUGUAUAUAGUUGCACUCAGGUGUUAGACUGUUACUUCUGAUGAAAGAGGAUUUAAGGAUAGCGUUUUUGGCAGGUCUUAACUGUAGUAUUAUUAUUUUAUAUUUUAAGCUUUUUGAUGUCGCCUGAAACUGUAGGGAAGAAGAAAUAUCAAGCUUGGUUCUAUUUGGGAUAUACAGUCAGUAAUUGUGAAAGGCCAGUGAUGGAACUAACAGAAUAUGGAAAAGAUGACUCUGAAAGCAUGACAGCCUGUUUCCUUUUGUUUUGUGCUUAGCAAAGAAACUUUUAAUUAUUAUGCAUUUGUUAAACUGAUUCUUAGGGUGUAAUUAAGCUGUAAUAUAAAUGAUAUAUGUAACCUUAGCUAUUGUGAUUUUUUUUA